AUUCGUAGCAAAGAGGAAGAGAAUCCGGAAGAAGAGUGAACAAAACAAAAUCCAACUAGUUUGUAGCUCUAUUGUAUUUCAAUCUUGUUUGGUGUCUUAACUUAUAAUGUGUACAGGUUGUGUGCAGAAGGAAUAUCCUGACAGGGGAAACACUUGUCUAGAUAAUGGAUCGUAUCUAAUGAACUUUCUGGGCUGUGCCAACUGUCAGCAACGAGACUUUGUACUGAUUAGCAACAAGACCAUGGUGGAUGAAGACGAAGAGGAGAUUGUCACUUAUCUCCACAAGUGCAAGAAUUGUGACCAUGUCAUAGCCAGACAUGAAUACACCUUUUCUGUGGUGGAUGAUUAUCAGGAAUACACAAUGUUGUGUAUGCUGUGCGGGAAGGGUGAGGAUUCCAUCAGUGUAAUGCCAGAUGAUCCAAGACAAUCUGCCCCCCUCUUCUAGAGUGGUGUGGAUAAUAAAAAGAGAAACAGGGAAUCUCUCUUUAGUAAGUUAGGCCAUGCCUGUUCUGGGGAACCAUCAUAUAUAUUCAGGGAUUCAUCCAUGCUCAGCUCCAGAGAAUAUUACGUCCAUUUAAUUUCAGACGACCUGAUCCUGGAGAACAUAUCCCAAGAUGCAUUGUGUCAACUGUCACUGUUACACAUGAGAAUGAAGAGUUACCUGUAAAUUUAAGAUACAGGCUCUGAGAGUUUGAUGUUUUGAUCUGUUAACUACAAAUAGGGCCUGACAGCCUUACUCAGUAUUUCUAAAUUCAUUCUUGUCUUAUCCCUUAUGAACCUGGUUAGUGCCAAAAGAAUACAAGUCAUGUCAGCUAGAAUAUGGUGUAUGAGCAGUGUACAACAUUAAUCUGAAAGAAUACUGUAAAUAAGUAGACUGAAUUUGAGAGUCUGAGUGCAUAUUGCAUUCCACCGUUUCACCAUUUCUGCUGGUUGUAAGGACACUUAUGUAUGGUAAAAGUACUGUACUUUUCUUAAACUGUAUUUCUAAUGUAUAAUGAACAGGGAAAACAUACUUUUGUAUGCUUUGUCUAAAUGAAAUAAUGGGGGAAAUAUUAAAUGAUGCUGCAUCAUGCUCCAAGCUCAA